AUGAUUAUGAAGACUCUUAAUGCAGUGAGCACGUACAGUGUGACCCAGCACACGAUUAAUGCCAUGGCUCUCGCAGACCCUCCAUUUGCCCGAGUGUGGAUACCUGAUCCUGAGGAAGUUUGGAAGUCAGCAGAGCUGCUCAAAGAUUACAAGCCAGGAGACAAAGUCCUCCUGCUUCACCUUGAGGAAGGAAAGGAUUUGGAAUAUCGUCUGGAUCCAAAGACCAAGGAACUGCCUCACUUAAGAAACCCUGACAUUCUUGUGGGUGAAAAUGACCUCACAGCCCUCAGCUAUCUUCAUGAGCCUGCUGUGCUCCACAAUCUCAGAGUCCGCUUUAUUGAUUCCAAACUUAUUUAUACAUAUUGUGGUAUAGUCCUAGUAGCUAUAAAUCCUUAUGAACAGCUGCCUAUUUAUGGAGAAGAUAUUAUUAAUGCAUACAGUGGUCAGAACAUGGGUGAUAUGGAUCCACAUAUCUUUGCAGUAGCUGAAGAAGCUUACAAGCAAAUGGCCAGAGAUGAACGAAAUCAGUCCAUCAUUGUAAGUGGAGAGUCGGGGGCAGGAAAAACAGUCUCAGCUAAGUAUGCCAUGCGAUACUUUGCCACUGUAAGUGGUUCUGCCAGUGAAGCCAAUGUUGAGGAAAAGGUCUUGGCCUCCAACCCCAUCAUGGAGUCAAUUGGAAAUGCUAAGACAACCAGGAAUGAUAAUAGCAGCCGUUUUGGGAAGUAUAUUGAGAUUGGUUUUGACAAGAGAUAUCGAAUCAUUGGUGCCAAUAUGAGAACUUACCUUUUAGAGAAAUCCCGAGUGGUGUUCCAGGCAGAAGAGGAAAGAAACUAUCAUAUAUUUUAUCAGCUUUGUGCGUCAGCAAAGUUACCUGAAUUUAAGAUGUUGCGAUUAGGAAAUGCAGAUCACUUUCAUUACACAAAGCAAGGUGGCAGUCCGGUGAUUGAAGGAAUCGAUGAUGCCAAGGAGAUGGCCCAUACCAGGCAGGCCUGCACUUUGCUCGGUAUUAGUGAAAAUUAUCAGAUGGGAAUUUUCCGAAUACUUGCUGGCAUUCUUCACCUAGGUAACGUUGGAUUUACAUCUCGAGAUUCCGACAGCUGCACAAUACCUCCCAAGCAUGAACCUCUCAGCAUCUUCUGUGACCUCAUGGGCGUGGACUAUGAGGAGAUGUGUCACUGGCUCUGCCAUCGGAAGCUAGCCACUGCCACAGAGACAUACAUCAAGCCCAUCUCCAAGCUGCAGGCCACGAAUGCUCGCGAUGCUUUGGCCAAGCACAUCUAUGCCAAGCUCUUUAACUGGAUCGUAGAUCAUGUCAAUCAAGCGCUCCAUUCUGCUGUCAAGCAGCACUCUUUUAUUGGCGUGCUGGACAUUUAUGGAUUUGAAACAUUUGAGAUAAAUAGUUUUGAACAGUUUUGCAUAAAUUAUGCAAAUGAAAAACUACAGCAACAGUUCAAUCUGCAUGUCUUCAAAUUAGAACAAGAGGAAUAUAUGAAGGAACAAAUUCCAUGGACUCUCAUAGAUUUUUAUGAUAAUCAGCCUUGCAUUAAUCUUAUAGAAUCUAAACUGGGCAUUCUAGAUUUGCUGGAUGAGGAAUGCAAAAUGCCUAAAGGUACAGAUGACACUUGGGCCCAGAAAUUGUACAACACACAUUUGAACAAAUGUGCACUCUUUGAAAAGCCCCGUCUGUCAAACAAAGCUUUCAUCAUCCAACAUUUUGCUGACAAAGUGGAAUACCAGUGUGAAGGCUUUCUGGAAAAGAAUAAAGACACUGUUUAUGAAGAAAAAAUUACAGUUCUUAAAUCAAGCAAGUUUAAGAUGCUACCAGAAUUAUUUCAAGAUGAUGAGAAGGCCAUCAGCCCAACCUCAGCCACCUCUUCAGGGCGCACACCCCUCACCCGCAUUCCUGAAAAGCCCACCAAAGGUCGACCAGGCCAGACAGCCAAAGAGCACAAGAAAACGGUGGGGCACCAGUUCCGAAAUUCUCUUCACCUGCUGAUGGAGACCCUGAAUGCCACUACCCCUCACUAUGUGCGCUGUAUUAAGCCUAAUGAUUUCAAGUUCCCAUUCACGUUUGACGAGAAGAGGGCAGUGCAGCAGCUGAGGGCAUGUGGUGUCCUGGAAACCAUCCGCAUCAGUGCAGCAGGCUUCCCCUCACGGUGGACUUACCAAGAAUUUUUCAGCCGCUACCGUGUCCUAAUGAAGCAAAAAGAUGUGCUGAGUGACAGAAAGCAAACGUGCAAGAAUGUAUUAGAGAACCUGAUCCCAGACAAGGACAAAUACCAGUUUGGUAAGACAAAGAUCUUUUUCCGUGCUGGUCAAGUGGCCUAUCUAGAAAAAUUGAGGGCAGACAAGCUGAGGGCUGCCUGCAUUCGGAUCCAGAAGACAAUCCGAGGGUGGCUGCAGCGGAAGAAGUACCUGCGCAUGCGGAAGGCAGCCGUCACUGUGCAGAGAUAUGUGCGAGGCUACCAGGCCCGAUGCUAUGCUAAGUUCCUGCGCAGAACUAAGGCAGCGACCAUCAUUCAGAAGUACUGGCGCAUGUAUGUAGUCCAUAGGAAGUACAAAAGUAAACGAGCUGCCACUAUUGUUCUUCAGUCUUAUUUACGAGGCUACUUGGCCAGAAAUAGGUAUCGCAAGAUACUCCGUGACCACAAAGCAGUCAUCAUUCAGAAGUGGGUCCGAGGCUGGCUGGCUCGCACCUACUACAAGAGGAGCCUGCAUGCCAUCAUCUACCUUCAGUGCUGCUUACGGCGGAUGAUAGCCAAGCGCGAGCUGAAGAAGCUCAAGAUUGAGGCCCGCUCUGUGGAGCGCUAUAAGAAACUCCACAUCGGCAUGGAGAACAAGAUCAUGCAGCUGCAGCGCAAAGUUGAUGAACAGAACAAAGACUACAAAUGCCUCAUGGAGAAAUUGACCAAUCUGGAAGGAAUAUACAACUCUGAGACUGAGAAACUACGAAGUGACUUAGAACGCCUUCAGCUAAGCGAGGAGGAGGCUAGGAUUGCCACUGGGCGGGUUCUCAGUCUACAGGAAGAAGUUGCCAAGCUCCGGAAAGACCUGGAACAAACUCGGUCAGAGAAGAAAUCCAUCGAGGAACGUGCAGAUAGAUACAAGCAAGAGACCGAGCAGGUGGUAUCAACUCUGAAGGAAGAAAAUACGUUGCUGAAGCAGGAAAAAGAGGCCCUCAAUCACCUUAUCGUGGAACAGGCUAAGGAGAUGACAGAGACUAUGGAGAAGAAGUUGGUAGAAGAAACGAAACAACUGGAACUCGAUCUUAAUGAUGAAAGGCUGAGAUAUCAGAACCUUCUGAAUGAGUUCAGUCGCUUAGAAGAACGAUAUGAUGACCUCAAGGAAGAGAUGACUCUGAUGUUGAAUGUACCUAAGCCUGGACACAAGAGAACAGACUCCACCCACAGCAGCAAUGAGUCUGAAUACACCUUUAGCACCGAAAUUGCAGAAACUGAAGACAUUCCAUUGAGGACAGAGGAGCCAAGUGAGAAGAAGGUACCACUGGACAUGUCACUGUUCCUCAAGCUCCAGAAGCGGGUCACAGAGCUGGAGCAGGAGAAGCAGGUGAUGCAGGAUGAGCUGGACCGCAAGGAGGAGCAGGUGCUCCGCAGCAAGGCAAAGGAAGAAGAACGGCCACAAAUUAGAGGUGCAGAGCUGGAAUAUGAGUCACUCAAGCGACAAGAACUAGAAUCAGAAAACAAAAAACUGAAAAAUGAGCUAAAUGAGUUACGCAAAGCCCUUAGUGAGAAAAGCGCCCCAGAGGUGACCGCUCCGGGGGCACCAGCAUACCGUGUUCUCAUGGAGCAGCUGACCUCUGUGAGUGAGGAGCUCGAUGUGCGCAAGGAGGAGGUCCUCAUCUUGAGGUCUCAGCUGGUGAGCCAGAAAGAGGCCAUCCAACCCAAGGAUGACAAGAAUACAAUGACAGAUGCCACAGUACUUUUGGAAGAUGUACAAAAAAUGAAAGAUAAAGGCGAAAUAGCGCAAGCAUACAUUGGUUUGAAAGAAACAAACAGGUCGUCUGCUAUGGAUUACCAUGAGUUGAAUGAGGAUGGAGAGCUGUGGCUGGUUUAUGAAGGGUUAAAACAAGCCAACAGGCUCCUGGAAUCCCAGCUCCAGUCGCAGAAGAGGAGCCAUGAGAACGAGGCCGAAGCCCUCCGUGGGGAGAUCCAGAACCUGAAGGAAGAGAACAACCGGCAGCAGCAGCUGCUGGCCCAGAACCUGCAGCUGCCCCCCGAGGCCCGCAUCGAGGCCAGCCUGCAGCACGAGAUCACCCGCCUGACCAACGAGAACUUGUAUUUUGAGGAAUUAUAUGCAGAUGACCCUAAGAAGUAUCAAUCAUAUCGGAUUUCACUUUACAAACGGAUGAUUGAUUUGAUGGAACAGCUUGAAAAACAAGAUAAGACUGUCCGGAAACUGAAAAAACAACUGAAAGUAUUUGCUAAAAAAAUUGGUGAACUAGAAGUGGGCCAGAUGGAGAACAUAUCCCCAGGACAGAUCAUUGAUGAACCCAUCCGUCCAGUCAACAUUCCCAGGAAAGAAAAGGAUUUCCAAGGAAUGCUGGAAUACAAGAAGGAGGAUGAGCAAAAGCUUGUUAAGAACCUGAUUCUGGAACUGAAGCCACGUGGCGUAGCUGUCAACCUGAUCCCAGGGUUACCAGCGUAUAUCCUGUUCAUGUGUGUCCGACAUGCCGACUACCUGAAUGAUGACCAGAAAGUAAGGUCGCUGCUAACAUCCACAAUUAACAGCAUCAAAAAAGUAUUAAAGAAAAGAGGUGAUGAUUUUGAAACCGUUUCCUUCUGGCUCUCUAACACUUGCCGGUUUUUGCACUGUUUGAAGCAGUACAGCGGAGAAGAGGGCUUUAUGAAGCACAACACAUCUCGCCAGAACGAACACUGCCUCACCAACUUCGACCUGGCUGAGUACCGGCAGGUGCUAAGUGACCUGGCCAUUCAGAUCUACCAGCAGCUCGUGCGGGUGCUGGAGAACAUCCUUCAGCCCAUGAUCGUCUCAGGCAUGCUGGAGCAUGAGACCAUUCAGGGCGUGUCGGGGGUGAAGCCCACAGGGCUGAGGAAGCGGACCUCCAGCAUCGCCGAUGAGGGCACCUACACACUGGACUCCAUCCUCCGGCAGCUCAGCUCCUUCCACUCGGUCAUGUGUCAGCACGGCAUGGACCCCGAGCUGAUCAAGCAGGUGGCCAAGCAGAUGUUCUACAUCGUGGGGGCCAUCACGCUGAACAACCUCCUCCUGCGGAAGGACAUGUGCUCCUGGAGCAAAGGCAUGCAGAUCAGGUACAAUGUCAGUCAACUGGAGGAAUGGCUACGUGACAAGAAUCUGAUGAACAGUGGGGCUAAAGAAACCCUGGAACCUCUCAUUCAGGCUGCUCAGCUUCUGCAAGUGAAAAAGAAAACAGAUGAUGAUGCAGAAGCCAUCUGCUCCAUGUGCAAUGCUUUAACUACUGCCCAGAUUGUCAAAGUGCUGAAUUUGUAUACGCCAGUUAAUGAGUUUGAAGAAAGAGUCUCUGUGUCAUUUAUUCGUACUAUACAGAUGCGUUUACGAGACAGGAAGGACUCUCCUCAGCUGCUCAUGGAUGCUAAACACAUCUUUCCCGUCACCUUUCCUUUCAACCCGUCCUCCCUCGCCUUGGAGACCAUCCAGAUCCCAGCCAGCCUAGGCCUGGGCUUCAUCUCCCGGGUCUGAAAGCCACACCGAGGCAAAAGGACAGUACAUUUCUUGCCUGAAAUAAGAACCCAUUACUUCCAGUGAGCUACUGAAACACAUUUUUAAAGAAGAUGUCGUCAUUAUCUUCCAAACAAGAGGUUAUUAACUGGAAAUCUCCCUAGAACACUUCCAUCGCCUCGGAAAGAAAGUCACGCUCCUUCGUGCUGUUACCUGUAGCACCGCGCACCCUUGCUCAUUAGGUACCCCGAGUUCACAUGCAGGUGAAUGAUGGAAGGAAGGGGAAAAUGUAUCUUGAGUUGCCAGCAUUUAUUUUAAAUCCUUAGCACUACGUACAUCUAAAUGGUAUAAAAAAACCAUAAAUUCCAGAUCUGAGUGGUUGUUAGGAAGGUACCCACAGAGAACCUCCUCUAUGUAACCAGAAGAAAAAUCACUAUUGAGAACAUACCAUAUAAUAUAUCAGUUUAGGAAUCAUGGUGAUGUUGAACUGGAUCACAGAAAUCAACUGUAGUAGGUAUAAUAGCUGGACAAGUAACGUCCUUCAUGUGUCAUUAUGAUGUAGAGAUAUUAAGAAAAUGCUGGUUUACUGUAUAGCAUAGAAGUCCAUUUGCACUGUAGUUUCCUGAGCAUCUUAAACUGCUGCUAUAUACUGGGUUCUUUAACAUGUAAGCGGUAUUCUUGUUAGGUACUAUGAGAAUAAGCUUCUCUUUUAUCAACUCUGUUUAUAGUACAAUCAGAUCAGUUUUAACUGGAUUCUUUGCAGACAUCUACAGAUUCACCUGCACUAGUAGCAGACACUGGAAAGUCCUGUAGUAAUACGACAAAAUGUUGGACAUUCAGGGGUAGGAUUAGACAGACGGCAGUUGUUGGUGUCAUUAUUUAUUCAGGACACAUUACAGUGGUGUGCUCAUUAUUUUUCCCUAGUGGAUACCACAACAGGGUACAGUGUUCUGUGAAGUGACUUAUUUUUAGUUCCCAGAUCUGAUUUCUGCAAUGCAUACAGUCAACUUUGACAGGUUUCCGUUCUUCUUAAUUUAUUAAGAAUUAAUCUCAGUCACUAUCUAGAGAGCAUUGUCAGAAUAUUCAUGAUUCUGGUCUUGAAACCUUGAUUAUCCUAUAAAUUAUGCAAAAGAAGGUGUAUAAUGAAUACUUAUGAUUCCUUUUUUUAGCCUUUGCAAUUUCUAUAAAUGUUCUCAGUAACUCUAGAUACUUUAAAGAACAUCAUGUUAGAAAUACUUUGACUUAUCUAAGAAAUAUUAGAAGAUUGCUGAAUUUUACAGGGGAUUGGGCUUCUUAAGACCCAGAUUCUAUGUUUUCACCACAAAAUUUUAAUUAAACAUAUUCUGCAUUUUUUCCUUAGAAAUCUUAUAUAUAAAUCUUUCAGGUUGUGCAAAUACAAAUCCUUAGCUUUCAUCAGAAACUCUGGUUCUUCAUUGCAAUCAUAGAUUUAUAUAAUUUAACUCCCAGAUGGUUUAUAAAAAUGCAUCUUAUUAAAAUAUGUGCAAUAUUAUUAAUGGAAGUCACACAGUUUAGAACCAGUGAUAAAGAUUGUUAUUAAAAGAUAAAUACUGUCUGUUAACUUAUUUAGGCCUCAAAUUCCUCUUUUAUAAAUAAGAGGAUUGGACAACUGACUCUUAAGGUCCCUUCCAUGUCUAGCAUCUCUCCUCUCGGCGCUAAGAUCCUAGAGAAAUGAGCUGUAGUUCCUCAGUAAGUUUAUCCUCUGAUGUAGAGACGAGUGUUCAGUGCCUGUUAAGUCUGAGGGAUUAAUAAAAAUAUCAUAAAUCUGUU